AUGCCAGAUGAAUCAAGUCACACACAAACGAGACCAUCCAUCUUGGAAUCGGGAGCUGAUGGCAAUGCCGAUGGGCCUCCAUCAAAGAGGCGCCGACGUGAAUCAGAAGAUCGUCAGCGACGUGAGAUUGGCUUGAUGAGACAAAACGAAAGUGCGAAUGCACCAAGUUUUGUGGGUAGUUCGAGUGGCAUUCACUUCGUUCGUUCUGUGUAUCACGCUCUAGCAAAGUCGCGCGUGCGACUACCACCCGCGACGCCCGAUCAGAACAUCGUGCCUGGUGAAGAGGAUCAGCUGGAUGAUGCAGUCCCAUACAGCUCAAAGCCCAUCUGGUCCUCCGACGAAACACAAAUGAUCGCUGUGGAGCCCGGUGCUUUUGAUUUCGAUGAUCUGCAGACGUGGAGCGAGAGCUACUUCGAGAAUUGGCACACUGCUUACCCUUUUGUACAUGCACCCACAAUGCUCGAAUAUCUUGAGCAACACGUUCGACCAGACAAUUUGCGGAGACUAUGCGAGCAGCGAACUCCACAGCUUACACUUCUGCGCUCUGUGAUGUCAAUCUCUCUUGCCGACCGCAGGCAAUCAGGAAAGCAGUCCAAGAAGCUGAUCCCGGCAUGCCUGGUCUUCACGUCCUUCAGAGAAGCCAUGGAAAGCGUACAGGACAUGCUUUUCAUGCCAUGCUCCACUGAAGCACUACAAGCGGUCGUCUCAGUACAGCUUUUCCUCGUUUCCAUGCUACGUCUUAACGGGGCAUCAAGACUAGGCGGUAUGAUUGUACGAAUGGCCUUCCAAAUGGGUUUGCACAGAUGCCCCACGAGGUAUGCAAACUUUGACACUGAACAAGCUCAACUUCGUCGUCGACUGUUCUGGACAAUAUACUGUAUCGAUCGCCAUCUUUGCCAGUCUUUGGGCCUGCCACUGACCAUCCGCGACGAUGAUGUGGACGUCUGUUACUUCGACCAGGAGAAACAUGCAACUGGCGGCCAUCACCAAACAAUCAUGGAUGAUCGGUUGAGAACACUAAACUUCCUGACCAAGCAUGCUUCGAUCAAAGGUCAGAUCGUGGAGCUUCGCAACAAGUCCAUUCAUUUGCGAACUGCCAACCGAGAUCUCGCCACGCUAAUUGGAGCAAGAAUUGAUAAGUGGGCCAACGAUCUACAGUACGUUCUGGAUGCCGCCGAGAACAAUGAACCAGGUCGUUUCGGCACACUACAUGAGGUCGUCCUUUUGGUUUCGCAACAUGAAUUAAUCAUAUCACUUAAUCGACCUCUGCUUGCAUUGGAAAAGCAUACACCAGAGUAUAUGGCCGCUUUACAGACUUGUAUUCGUGCCUCUAACAUCAUCAUCUCCUCCCUUUACAAGUACCUCUUCUACCGACUGAUUCAGCGGUCUGAUGGACCAUCAACAGCACCCUUACUAUGGCCAUCAUUGACGUGGUGCGUGUGGAUGAGUUCAUUCAUCGUGCUUCAUGCAGCAAUCGAAGGCGAGAUGCCGAAGCAUGUUGCAAGAAACCUUGCGGAUAACAGUGUGGAGAUUCUCAGGCACCUGGCGCUGAGAGGAAGUGUUUGGCCUAAUGUUUGCGCGGUUGCUAUCAAUGAUCUGUUUCUGAGACUGCUCUUGGACUCCACUGUCACGACGCCGCAGUCCCCACUGAUGGACACAAACCAUACAGAGCAGCAACACAAUAUUGAUCCUCGGCGGAACACUAACUCAAACAUACUUCAUCAAGACGCAGCGCCACGUCACAGUGGCAACUUGGAGCCGCUCACCGGGUCAAGUGUGACGGAUAACCAACACAGUCUCUCGGAUCACGCCAUGAAUAUGUUAGGUCCAUCCCUAUCAGCAUUCGAACCACAGCUCUCUAUACCUUGGCUAUCCGGAGCCGACGCAGCUGCGGCUACUAGCGCUAAUCUCUUCGAACAAUUCGAUAUUCCGUUCUGGAUGGGUGAUGAUCAAUACUCGUCUCUCCUAAAUUUCGAUCCCUAA